AUGGCUGUCAGCCCCACAGCUCCGGCCCUUCUGUCACGCCUUCUGCCAGGGCUGCCCGGCACAGCUCCAGAGCCCACCCAGCCUUGGACACGUGACGACAGCGCCCGGAGGACCAUCCUGCUGUACAAGAUGAUUGCGAAGAUAACUUACAGGCUGGCAAGACAUGUGUCCACUGAGACGCAUAGGACCACGCAGGUGAGAAGAUUUCUGCAUGGUGCUUAUUUCAGGAUUCGGCCCUCCAUACAGGAAGCCCUGGUGGAGGGGAGGCCAGUCGUAGCCUUGGAGAGCACCAUCAUUACACAUGGCAUGUCCUAUCCUCAGAAUCUGAGCAUGGCCAGAGAGGUAGAAAAAAUUGUAAUGAGAAACGGAGCAGUGCCAGCCACUAUAGGUAUUUUAAAGGGUCAAAUCCACGUGGGACUCACAGAUGAGGAACUUCAGUUCUUGGCAAGCAGUAAAAAUGUAGUUAAAGUGUCUCGGAGAGAUCUUCCUUAUGUCCUCAGCAAGGGUUUGUCUGGUGGAACUACUGUAUCUGGAACAAUGAUUGCAGCACACAAAGCAGGAAUCCCUGUGUUUGUGACAGGAGGCAUUGGAGGUGUCCAUCGAGGAGGAGAGAACACUCUGGAUGUGAGUGCUGACUUGACAGAGCUAGGACGGACUCCAGUUGCCGUUGUAUCUGCAGGAGUCAAGUCUAUCCUUGAUAUUGGCAGGACAUUGGAGUAUCUGGAAACUCAGGGGGUCUGUGUGGCUGCCUUUGGAGAGUCAAGGAUGUUCCCAGCCUUCUUCUCAAGCCAGAGUGGCUUCCAGGCACCGUAUCAUGUCCAGGACGAAGAGGAGGCAGCUAAACUUAUCGCCAGCGCUCUGGGUCUAGGCCUGAGCAGCGGUGUGCUGAUAGCAGUGCCCUGUCCCCAGAAGCAAGCUGCCUCGAGCCAGCUUAUUGAAGAUGCCAUCCAGCAAGCUCUCAGCGAAGCCAGGUCCAAAGGGAUUUCAGGCAAAGAACUGACCCCUUUUUUGUUACAGAGGAUCAAUGAAUUAACCAACGGGAAGUCACUGGACUCCAACCUUGCUCUGAUCCAAAACAAUGCCAGAGUGGGCAGCUGCAUUGCAGUGGCUCUGAGCAAACUACAGAAAGCCACAAGGAAGGGGAGCUUGCCUCGCAGAGGGGACACAACCGUGCCUCAGCCAGUGGUGAUUGGAGGUAUCAACGUUGACUUUAUAGCCAAGGCGCAGAACUCUGUCAUCCUGGGUGGCGGGCAGACAAACGCUGGAAGAGUAAGACGAACUUUUGGCGGCGUUGGAAGAAACUUGGCAGACUGCUUAAGCCGUCUUGGCCUGACCCCUCUCCUUCUGUCAGCUGUGGGGAAGGAUGAACAUUCAGAGUCCAUCCUGCACUACUGUCAGCACAUGGACAUGAGUGCCAUCCUGCAGCUAGAGGGGAAGAGCACAGCUACUUACAGUGCUAUGAUAACCAGUGCUGGGGAGCUGAGCAUCGGCUUGGGAGAUAUGGACAUCCACCAGCAGAUCACAGAGCAAUACGUGUCCCAGUUCAAGGAGAACCUGUGCCGGGCCCCACUGGUUUGCAUUGAUGGAAAUGUGCCUCUUUCCACUAUCCAAUACAUCUGCCAACUCGCUAGAGAUCAUCAGCUAGCAGUGUGCUACGAGCCGACAGAUGAGAACAAGGCCUCUAAGCCAUUCCUCUCAGACAGCUGGAAAGCACUCACGUACAUUUGCCCCAACCUACAAGAGCUAAAAGCAAUAAACCGGACUCUUGGGAACCCUCUGCCAGCAGAGGCACCAUCCAGGCUGGAGGACAUUGUCAAGAUGGCAGCAGCCUUGGCCUGCCCUUUGCUGUCCCACCUGUGCUGUGUGAUCGUGACCCUCGGUUCUCAUGGCGUCCUCCUGUGCGGCAGGAGCCUGGGAGGGAGUAUCUCUCUUCGUCCAGCACCUCACGACCAGACUGCUGCUGCCAGCCUCUGUGCCACCCACUACCCCGCCAUCCCUGUCAGCAGGGAGGAGAUAGUCAACGUCUCAGGAGCUGGUGACAGUUUAAUGGCAGGAAUUGCUGCAGGGAUGCUUGCCAACCUCGACACAGACACCUGUGUCCGGAUGGGCCUGCUGGCUGCACGCCUGUCUCUCUGUUCCUAUGAGCCCAUUUCCCCAGAAAUCAGCACGUCCACCAUCAGCCAGGAACAAGUCCAGAGCAAGCCCUGGCCAGAGGCAAAGGUAUGGAAGCUGGACUAGAUUGACAUCACUUUCUCAUCCAUCACCUCCUCAUGCACCCAGCAGUACUGUCUCCAGGAAUUAGGCCGUGUUUUCUGUUUCAAGCUCAAAAGCUGACUGGAGGACUUGAGCUACUGGUACACACUGCUUUUUAGGAGGUGAAGUCUCAAUGGAGUGCAUCUGGCAUCAACUUGUAUUGCACUGUUCACAUUCACGUUUUUCUAUUGUUACUUCCUCUCUCUCAUGAGUUACAACCACUGCUUUGGUCUUC